CCGUUAGGUUAUCAUCCUAGCUUGUGUUAGCUUUAAGCUAGUGUUGAUAAAGUGAGUUGAAGGUAGGAGAUUGUUGCUGCUAUUUUAGUGAGAUCGUCUCAUUUUUACAGCCAGAGCACAGGUGAAAAGGUGACUAUUGUCGCCAGGUACCUGGAUACGCCUGUCAUCUCUCGGCAAGCAGCCCGUUGUCCUUAAAACUUGUGGCGUGGGAGAAGAAACAACCAGAGUUCAACCAAACUGAAUGGCUGAGGGCUCCUCAGACCCACCCGACCUCAAUCCAGAUGGGCCGUCGCAUCAAAAACCGUAUCAGCAUAAAUCAAGAAGAGGACGGCCCAGAUACAACAAUGACAGGAACCUGAACAGUUAUGACCCCUCUCAACAAUAUGGACACUUUCAUCAGGGCUCUAAACCCCCAGUUAGCCAUGAUAAUUCAAAUUAUGCAUUUCAUCAGCACCCCUACCAAGGAGAGGAUGGAGCCAGAAGGCGAGGCAGAGGUAGAGGGAGGAGAGAAGGCAAUAGAGGUGUAAAUGGGAAUUUUGAUGGCUUCAGCUCCAGUUGGCAAAGACCUGGAGGUGACCUUGGCCCAUAUGGUGGUAACAACAGAGGUGGAGGAGGCUUUCACUCUGGUGCGCAUCCCAUGGAUGGACCUGAUGGACCCAGCUGGCGAAGAGAAGAUGCAGGCAGGAAUUUUGAACAAAUCAAUGAAGAUCUCGACGCCAGGGCUAAAAAAUCCAGGAAGUUUAGCCAGGAGCAGAGGAGGGGACAACAAAAUGAGAAGAGUACACGCUCAAGGGAGAACAAUGCUAUAGUAGAGGGUCAGAGAUUAAAUGACACCAAGGGAGAAAACCCCGCUUCAGACACCAGAGAACGAAAUCAGAGAACCAGGACCGGUCCGAUUAAACCACCCAAACCACCAGCUCAAGAGGAAACGGGCUCAGAGGGGGGGGCUGGUGUCCAAGGUGAUACCGGACAUGGCAGAGCAUCGCACGAUCCUGCCGGUAAAGCUGGACGGGGCUCAGUACGACACACUCCCCUUCAGCACAGAGGGGGGAGAAGAACACAUCAUCAGAACCACAGGCCGGGCCAGAGGAACUGGGACAAGAUGCCGGAGAGCAAAGAGACACAGACAGGGUGUCUGAUCGAGCAGCUGUCUGAGGAAAAGUACGAGUGCAUGGUUUGCUGCGAUGUGGUCCGGUGCAUGGCCCCGGUGUGGAGCUGCCAGAGCUGCUUCCACGUCUUCCACCUGAACUGCAUCAAGAAGUGGGCUCGAUCCCCGGCCUCUCAGGCAGACGAAUCAGCUGAAGGUUGGCGCUGUCCAGCCUGCCAGAAUGUUGCACUGAAACAACCGACCUCCUACACCUGCUUCUGUGGUAAAGUGACAAACCCAGAGUGGCAGCGCAGUGAGAUUCCCCACAGCUGUGGUGACAUGUGUGGGAAGAAAAGGAGCGGAGUGGACUGCAACCACCCCUGUAACAUCUUAUGUCACCCUGGACCUUGUCCACAGUGUCCUGCCUAUAUAACAAAAUCCUGCAUCUGUGGGAAGACCAGUCAACCGGUGCGCUGUGGCCAGGGUACAGUGCUCCAGUGUGACAAGGUGUGCAGUUCCUUUCUCAACUGUGCUAAACACACCUGCACCCAGGUGUGCCACAGCGGGGCAUGCCAACCCUGCCAGCUGCAGGUUCAGCAGGUAUGCUACUGUGGCGUUACUACUCGUGACGUCCCGUGUGGCACAGAUCAACACGGAUUUGAUGGUUGGGGACAUUUCUCCUGUCAGAAAUUAUGUGGAAAGAUGCUAAACUGUGAAGCUCACCAGUGCCAGCAGGUGUGCCACCGCGGCCCAUGCCAGCCGUGCCCACGCUCCCCGAGCCUGGUGAAGACGUGUCCCUGCAGUCAGACGCCACUGACCAAACUCCUGGAGCUGGGCUACUCUGAAAGACGAAGCUGCUCCGAUGCCAUCCCCUCCUGUGGAAAGACGUGCAACAAACCCCUGGUCUGUGGCUCUAGCGACACCAUCCAUCUGUGUGAGAAGCUGUGCCACGAGGACAGCUGCGGGCCCUGCUCCCUGACCUCCACGAUCAGAUGCAGAUGUGGCUCCAAGACUAAGGAGGUUCCAUGUGUAGUGAUUCAAAAAGAAGAAGAGCUCGUCUUCACUUGUGAGAAGCGAUGCAACAAGAAACGCUCCUGCGGCAGGCACAAGUGCGGCGAGCUGUGUUGUGUGAAUGUGGAGCACAAGUGCCCCCUGAUCUGCGGCUACAAGCUCAACUGUGGCCUCCACCGCUGCCAGGAGCCUUGUCAUCGUGGAAACUGUGAGCCCUGCUGGCAGUCCAGUUUUGAUGAGCUGGCGUGUCACUGUGGGCUCACUGUCCUGUACCCGCCCAUCCCCUGUGGCACAAAGCCACCAGAGUGCAAAAGCAUGUGUACAAGAAGACACGAGUGCGACCACCCAGUGUUUCACAACUGCCACAGUGAGGAAAAGUGUCCACCUUGCACAUACCUCACUCAGAAAUGGUGCAUGGGAAAGCACGAGCAACGCAGCAACAUCCCGUGUCAUCUGCAGGACAUUUCUUGCGGCCUGACAUGUAAUAAAACACUGCCCUGCGAAAUGCACCGCUGCAGACGGAUCUGCCACCGGAGCGAGUGUGUGGCAGACGGCAGCUGCCAGCAGCCCUGCACACUGCCGCGUCCAGACUGCGGCCACCCGUGCUCCGCUCCCUGUCAUAAAGGCAGCAGCUGCCCACGCACAACCUGCACUGCCAAGGUUGCUCUACAGUGCGAUUGCGGUAGAAGAAAGGAAAUGGUGCCCUGCACAGAGGCAGCCACUUCAUAUCAGAGGUAUGCAGCCAUCGCAAUGGCCAGUAAGCUGUCUGACAUGCAGCUCGGCGACUCCAUGGACAUCGGCCCGUUCCUCACUAAGAAGGAGCUCAAACAGACCAGGCUUGAAUGUGAUCAAGAGUGCGCUACUUUGGAGAGAAACAGGCGUUUGGCGGAGGCGUUGCAGAUCGACUCAUCCUCUGACCCCUUUAACGCCCGCUCUACUUCUGUGUACAGCGACAGCCUCAAAGACGAUGCCAGAAAAGACCUGAAAUUUGUCACAGAGGUGGAAGAGGAGAUCAAGAAUCUUGUUGAGCUUGCUAAUAAGGGAAAGAAACAGCCAAAGAGGAGCCACUGUUUCCCUCCGAUGAACAGUCAACACCGGAAGAUCAUCCAUGAGCUGGCCGAGGUCUACGCUGUGGAGAGCGUGAGCUACGACAGCGAGCCCAAACGAAACGUGGUAAUCACAGCCACAAAAGGGAAGUCGACGUGUCCAAACUCAACCCUGACAUCACUGAUAGAGCGAGAGACGGCGGCGAGGGCCCCCCCUCCCAUCGCUCAUAUCAAGCAGCACAGCAGCAAGGCUGUCAGCGGAGGCACCUGGUCGAAGAUGGUUAAGGAAGAGCCUGCGAUAGAUUACUUUGAUGUCCAGGACUAAAAUGGGCCCAAAAUUUAAAAAAAAUACAACAACAAAAAAAAGGAAACCUCAGGAUCUACUCAUAAACAUCCAUCUACAUCUGCCAAAAAGUCUGAAUAUUUUAAGUUUCAUUUGUGUUCAUUAAAGAUCAAUAAGAAUCACAAUUAUAUCAAGUUUGGUUUGGGAACCUGGAGGAGGAAUUGGAUGAGUGCUGAGUCGUGUUCCCCUUGAAUUUAGAUAUUGAAUUGAGCCUUGCACGCAUUAUUUUGAAAAGCUACUGAGUGUUUUCUUUGCCUCCUUUGUAUGCAACCAGUCCCUCAUUGAAGCCAACUUAAUAAAAAGUGAAUUCUUCCUCA